CUCAACAUCCUGAAUGAGCACUUGAUCAUCGGAGGCGACUGGAACUCGGAAAGCGAGAAGGUGGACGAGUGGUUCCACGCGGUGCGAGGGGUUAGGGUUGGUGCUGACUUGCCCACGCGCAUCUCCUCUGCCCCAGGCACGACCUUGGAUUUCUUCUACGCGUCCAAGAGCCUGCCGGCGCUGCUGGGCCCCAUGGACGCCCACAUUCAGCUCGCACGGCUCACCUCGGACGCGCGGGCCCGCCUCGACGCGAGUGGAAAGCUGUCAAUGAGCCGCGGCGCAGUGGCCGGCCUCCACGGCGGGCACUUCGAAGUUAACCUCGUGGCCAUGCCCCAGCAGCUGCCAUUCCUCAGUGACUUCUCGCGCAAGGCACCCAGGACUAAGCGGGUGCUGGAACGGGUCUCCUCCGACGCUCGCGCGUUUAUGACAGACGUGCCGUCGAUUACUAUCGACGCCAAUUUUGACGGCGCGGCCCAAGCCUUGAUCGUCUGCGCGAACGCCGAGAUCAAGGAUCUCUCGACCGAGCACAGUGCUGAUUGGACUGCUCGGGCAGAGAGGCGCGGCGCGGACUCGCGGGGCAACUGGCCACCUAUCUCCGCGAGCGACGUCAGGUCAGCGGCUGCCUCGUUCCCCUCCAAGACGGCGCUGGGCCAGCUCGCUUUCAACCCGAAGUCGCUGUGCCAGGUGUCCGACGCGGGCUUGGAUGCUCUGGAGACCCUUGCGCCCCUCUCCAUGGCACGUGAGAGGCUGCACUCGCGGCCACUAGAUCGCAUUCAGACCCGCUUGGUUCGGCUUGGCAAGCCGACUGGCGGGCGCCGUCUCGUUGCGCAAGUCAACUCGCUGUUGCGCCUGUGGGGCAGGCUCAGAAAGCCUGUCUCGCAGUCGCGGGAGC